AUUAACUAGUAAAUUUAAAGGUCAUAAAUUAUCAAUUAUAAGACAAGAAUUAACAAAUAUAUUUCCAUUAUUAUGUAAAGUUAAUCCAGAAGUAUUUGUGGAAAAAUAUUUACAUCGAACUUUAUUUCAUUAUUUAACUCAAUUGAAAAAGUAUAAACAACCAGCUGAUAAAUCAGCUAUAUUUAAAAGUAUUGGAUUAAUUGCUUUAGAAGUUGGUCAACAAAUUGCUACUUAUUUAGAUGCAAUUCUUGAUAAUAUAAGAGAAGGACUUUCAGUAAAUGAUUCAACUUCAAGAACUGAAGCAGCAAUAUUUGAUUGUAUUGGGAAAUUAUCAAUUGCUGUUGGACCAGCAUUAACAAAACAUCUUCAAAGUGAUAUACUUGAUAUGAUGUUUACAAAUUGUUCAUUAUCAAAACAUAUGCAAACAAUGCUUGAAACUUUAAUUAUAAAUAUCCCUAGUUUAACUAAUUUAAUUAAUAUGAAAUUAUUAAAUCUUUUAAGUUUAGUAUUAUCAGGUAAACCAUUUCAACCUCCUGGUUCACCUUAUGGUACAAUAAAGAUGAAUGAAAAUUUAGCUCGAGAUCGUAGAUUAUCAAUGAUAUCUCGAGAAACUGGUCAUACACCAAAUCAUAUAUUACUGAAUCCUGAAACUUAUGAAAAUUAUGAUAGUAUUAUAUUAAUUCAAGCAUUAGAAAUGUUGGCAUUUUUUAAAUUUGAAAAUUAUCAAUUAAAUGAAUUUGUAAGAUAUUGUACAAUAACUUAUCUUGAACAUUCAAAUGCAAAAGUUCGUCAAACUGCAACUAUAACUUCAUGUCAAAUUUUUAUAAAAGAUCCUAUAUGUCAACAAACUAGUGUAAAUGCUUUAAAUGCUGUUAAUGAAGUAUUAGAUAAAUUAUUAUCUAUAUCAAUAACUGAUCCUAAUCCUGAAACAAGAUUAGAAGGUUUAUUAUGUCUUGCUAAUGCAGGAAAUUUUGAUCCUCAAUUAUCUCAAGCUGAUAAUGUUAGAUUAUUAUUUAUUGCUCUUAAUGAUGAAGUAUUUGCAGUAAGAAAAACUGCUAUUAGAAUCUUAGGAAGAUUAUCAUCAAUUAAUCCAGCUUAUAUUGUACCAUCAUUAAGAAAAACUUUAAUUCAAUUAUUAACAAGAUUAGAAUAUUCAACUACUACUAGGAAAAAGGAAGAAAGUGCAAUAUUAUUAUCAUUACUUAUAAGUAAUUCAAAAGAAUUAACUCGUCCUUAUGUUAAACCAAUAGUUGAAGUUUUAUUACCAAAGGCUAAAGAUUUAGAAUCUUCUUCAGUAGCUUCAAGUGCAAUUAAUUGUCUUGGAGAAUUAGCUGUAGUUGGUGGAGAAGAUUUAAAACCAUUUAUACCUGAUCUUAUGCCAUUAAUUCUUGAUACAUUUCAAGAUCAAUCAUCAUUUUAUAAACGUGAUGCUGCUUUAAAGGCACUUGGACAAUUAGCAAGUUCUUCAGGUUAUGUUAUUCAACCAUUACUUGAUUAUCCUCAAUUAUUAGGAAUGUUAGUAGCCAUAUUAAAACUGGAAACUUCACCUCAAAUUAGACGAGAAACUGUAAGAUUAUUAGGUAUAUUAGGAGCUCUUGAUCCUUAUAAACAUCGAGAAGUUGAACAAGGACCAGUUGAACAAAAUGCUCCACCUAUUGAUGUAGCAUUAUUAAUGCAAGGAAUGUCACCAUCUAAUGAAGAAUAUUAUCCAACAGUUGCUAUAACUCAUUUAAUGAAAAUUCUUAAAGAUCCUUCAUUAAAUUCUCAUCAUUCAAAAGUUAUUCAAGCUAUAAUGUAUAUGUUUCAAACUUUAGGUUUAAGAUGUGUAUCAUUUUUACCACAAAUUAUUCCUGGAAUUAUUCAUGUAAUGAAUAGUAAUUGUCAACAAGCUAUGCUUAAAUUUUAUUUUCAACAAUUAGCUCAAUUAAUUUUAAUUGUUAAACAACAUAUUCGACCAUUUUUAACAGAUAUAUUUGAAGUUAUAACAAAAUUCUUUAGUAAUAUGCAAGUAAUAAUUAUUAAUUUAAUUGAAGCUAUAUCUCGAGCAUUAGAAGGAGAAUUUAAAAUGUAUUUAUCAGAUAUUUUAAGUUUAUUAUUAGAUGUAUUUGAAGAUGAUAAAUCUCCUAAACGAGAACCAACUUUACAUGUUUUAAAAAGUUUUGUUAUAUUUGGUAGUAAUAUUGAAGAAUAUGUUCAUAUAAUUGUUCCAAGUAUUGUUAAAAUGUUUGAAUUUGGUCCUUUAGUAUUAAGAAAAGCUGCUAUUGAAACUAUUGGAAGAUUAUCUCGUAAUGUAAUAUUAAAUGAUAUGGCAUCAAGAAUAAUUCAUCCAUUACUUCGAGUCUUACGUCAAGGUAAUGAUGAUUUAAGAAUUACUGCUAUAAAUACUUUAAGUUGUUUAUUAAUUCAUUUAGGUAAUGAAUUCAGUGUUUUCAUCCCCGUUGUUAAAAAAAUUAUUAUUCAACAAAAGAUUCAUGCACCAAAAUUUGAACAUUUAAUUAAUAAAUUAGUUAGUGGAGAUCCUUUACCACAAAUGGAUAUUUAUAAAGAAUAUGAUAUUCAAACUCAUCAAGGAGUUGUGGAUGUUCCAUCUAAAAAAUUACCAGUAAAUCAAGGAGCUUUAAAAAUUGCUUGGGAUUGUAGUCAAUGUCGAACUAAAGAAGAUUGGCAAGAAUGGAUUAAUCGGUUAAGUAAAGAAUUAUUAAAACAAAGUCCUUCUCAUGCUAUUAGAGCUUGUGCAGGUUUAGCUACCGAUUAUUAUGCUUUAGCUAAAGAUUUAUUUAAUGCUAGUUUUGCCAGUUGUUGGAGUGAACUUUAUUCUCAACAUCAAGAAGAAUUAGUUCAAUCAUUUUGUGUAGCUUUAUCAUCACCAAAUAAUCCUCCAGAAAUUCAUCAAAUUUUAUUAAAUUUAGUAGAAUUUAUGGAACAUGAUGAUAAAUCUUUACCAAUUGCUAUAACUACUCUUGGACAAUAUGCUCAAAGAUGUCAUGCAUUUGCUAAAGCAUUACAUUAUAAAGAAUUAGAAUUUUAUGAAGAACCAAAUACUCCAACUAUAGAAUCAUUAAUUAGUAUAAAUAAUCAAUUACAACAAUCAGAUGCAGCCAUUGGAAUAUUAAAACAUGCUCAACUUCAUCAUGAUUUACAACUUAAAGAAACUUGGUAUGAAAAAUUACAACGAUGGGAUGAUGCACUUAAAGCAUAUAAUGAACGAGAAAAACAUGAACCAAAUAAUAUGGAAAUUACUAUGGGGAAAAUGAGAUGUUUACAUGCCUUAGGUGAAUGGGAACAAUUAAGUGAAUUAGCUAAAAGUAAAUGGGAUAAUUCAUCUAGUGAAAUUAAACGUAGUGUUGCACCAUUAGCCGCCGCAGCAUCUUGGGGUUUAGGUCAAUGGGAUAGAAUGGAUACUUGUAUUAAAGUAAUGAAAUCUGAAUCUCCUGAUAAAGCAUUCUUUAAUGCCAUAUUAAGUCUUCAUAGAAAUAAUUUUGAUGAAGCUUCUGGUCAUAUUUUAAAGGCUCGAGAUUUAUUAGUAACAGAAAUAACUGCUUUAGUAAGUGAAAGUUAUACUCGAGCUUAUGGAGUGGUUGUUAGAGUUCAAAUGUUGGCAGAAUUAGAAGAAAUUAUUAAGUAUAAAAUGUUACCUCAAGGUUCAGAAAGAAGAGCUAUAAUGAGAAAAACUUGGAAUACUCGAUUACUUGGAUGUCAAAGAAAUGUAGAUAUUUGGCAAAGAAUGUUAAAAGUUAGAGCCUUAGUUAUAAAACCAAAACAAGAUAUGGAUAUGUGGAUUAAAUUUGCCAAUCUAUGUCGAAAAUCAGGUCGAUUAAAUUUAGCUGAGAAAUCUCUUAAUUCAUUACUUGAAGUUGGAGCUCCAGAAAAUCCUUCUCGAGCUCCACCUCAAGUAGUUUAUGCUCAAUUAAAAUAUAUGUGGGCUAAAGGUGAACAAACUGAAGCAUUAAGACAUUUAGUAGAUUUUACAACAAGAAUGUCUCAAGAUUUAGGAUUAAAUCCUAAUGAUUUAAUUACUCAACCUUUACCUUCAGAAGGUCCAAAACAUGUGGAAGAAUAUACAAAAUUACUUGCACGAUGUUUUUUAAAGCAAGGUGAAUGGCAAAUUGCUUUAAAUUCUAAUUGGAGAACUGAAACUUCAGAAAUUAUUUUGGGAGCAUACCUUUUAGCUACACAUUUUGAUAAAAAAUGGUAUAAAGCAUGGCAUAAUUGGGCUCUUGCAAAUUUUGAAGUUAUAUCACUUUAUACAAAUAAUGAAUCUACGGCUGCUAAUAAAGUUGAUUCUAAUAUGAUACCAUUAGAAGCAGUUCAACGUCAUGUAAUUCCAUCUAUAAAAGGAUUUUUUCAUUCAAUUGCUUUAUCUAAUUCAAAUUCUUUACAAGAUAUGUUAAGAUUAUUAACUUUAUGGUUUAAAUUUGGGGGAAUUCCAGAAGCAGCUCAAGCCAUGACUGAAGGAUUUAAUAUGGUUAAAAUUGAUAAUUGGUUAGAAGUUCUACCACAAUUAAUUUCAAGAAUUCAUCAACCUGAUCAAAUAGUUAGUCGAUCAUUAUUUGGAUUAUUAGCUGAACUUGGUCGAGCUCAUCCUCAAGCACUUGUUUAUCCAUUAGCAGUGGCAGUUACUUCUGAAUCAGUUAGUAGAAAGAGAGCUGCAGAAUCAAUAAUUGAAAAAAUGAGAGUUCAUUCUUCAAGUUUAGUUGAUCAAGCAGAAUUAGUUAGUCAUGAACUUAUACGAGUAGCAGUAUUAUGGCAUGAACAAUGGUAUGAAGGUUUAGAAGAUGCUUCAAGAUUAUUCUUUGGUGAACAUAAUACAGAAAAGAUGUUUGAAGUAUUAGAACCUUUACAUCAAAUGUUACUGAAAGGUCCUGAAACUAUGAGAGAAUCUGCCUUUGCAACAGCUUUUGGUCGAGAAUUAUCUGAUGCUUAUGAAUGGGUAUUAAAUUUCCGUCGUACAAAAGAUAUAACUAAUUUAAAUCAAGCUUGGGAUAUUUAUUAUAAUGUAUUUAGAAGAAUUAGUCGUCAAUUACCUCAAUUACAAAGUUUAGAAUUACAAUUUGUAUCUCCAAAAUUAGAAGAAGCUCAAGAUUUAGAAUUAGCUGUACCAGGAACUUAUCUGGCUAAUAAAUCAAUUAUUAGAAUUAAAAGAUUUGAUCCAACUGUAUCAGUUAUAUCAUCAAAACAAAGACCAAGAAAACUUUUAUGUAAAGGUAGUGAUGGUAAAGAUUAUUUAUUUGUAUUAAAGGGUCAUGAAGAUAUUCGUCAAGAUAAUUUAGUUAUGCAAUUAUUUGGAUUAGUUAAUACAUUAUUAAUGAAUGAUCCAGAAUGUUUUAAACGUCAUUUAGAUAUUCAACAAUAUCCGGCAAUACCUUUAUCACCAAAAGUUGGUUUAUUAGGUUGGGUACCAAAUAGUGAUACAUUUCAUGUACUUAUAAGAGAAUAUCGAGAAUCUAGAAAAAUUUUAUUAAAUAUUGAACAUCGAAUUAUGUUACAAAUGGCUCCUGAUUAUGAUAGUUUAACACUUUUACAAAAAGUUGAAGUAUUUACUGGAGCUUUAGAUAAUACAAGAGGUCAAGAUUUAUAUAAAGUAUUAUGGUUAAAAUCAAAAUCUUCUGAAGCUUGGUUAGAUCGUAGAACAACUUAUACAAGAUCUUUAGCAGUUAUGUCAAUGGUAGGUUAUAUAUUAGGAUUAGGAGAUCGUCAUCCAUCUAAUUUAAUGUUAGAUAGAAUUACUGGGAAAGUAGUUCAUAUUGAUUUUGGUGAUUGUUUUGAAGCAGCCAUACUUCGAGAAAAGUAUCCCGAAAAAGUUCCAUUUAGAUUAACAAGAAUGUUAAAUUAUGCUAUGGAAGUUAGUGGAAUUGAAGGAUCAUUUAGAAUUACUUGUGAACAUGUUAUGAGAGUUUUAAGAGAUAAUAAAGAAUCAUUAAUGGCAAUUUUAGAAGCUUUUGCUUAUGAUCCAUUAAUUAAUUGGGGAUUUGAAUUUCCUACAAAAGCAGUAGCUGAAGCUACUGGUAUAAAAGUUCAUCAAGUUAAUACGACUGAAUUAUUAAGAAGAGGUCAAAUUGAUGAACAAGAAGCCGCUAGAUUAACUAAAAAGAAUGAAUUAGAAAUUAGAAAUGCUCGUGCUUCAUUAAUUUUAAAGAGAAUUACUGAUAAAUUAACUGGUAAUGAUAUAAAACGUUUAAGAGGUUUAGAUGUUCCAACUCAAGUAGAUAAAUUAAUUCAACAAGCUACCAGUGUUGAGAAUUUAUGUCAACAUUAUAUUGGUUGGUGUUCAUUCUGGUAAAUAAAUUAAUAUACAUUUAUGACUAUGACUAUGACUAUGACUAUGACU